UCCAAGGAUCAGUAAAUGUAGGCAGAAUGCCUUCUUGUGUUAAAUAUAAACUACAGUCUUAAGUGAGAAGCCACUGGAUGGCCUCACAUACUCAAAAAUAUAUGGCUAAACACUAUGUUUCUGUUCUGAAGCACCGAAAUAUCCCCUGCGUAAGACAACGUGAAUUUUAGAGUCACAUGAUGGAGCCAUAGGCCUGCCAGAGAUGCAACGUGUAUGGUUUGAAUUACUUGAAACCAAGUCCUGUUCCCUACAGAACUGUAGGUUUUUGUAGUCUGAGUCUUAAACAGAAGACGUCACUCCAUACAGGAAGCUGAAUUUGCACUAGAACGGUUUGCUAUUUUUCUCUGAGCAGCAAUUUCAUCAAACUGAUCAUAAAGAGAGAGUACAAGCCUGUUGCAUCUGCAGAAAAUUUUCUUUCACAGUUUACAGGACCUCCAAGAAACCAACUUUUCCCACAAGAAUGGUCUCACAUAAUAUGUCAUGGCUAAAGUACCCGAGCCGGAGUGAAGGCCAAAAUAGCAAAGACAUUAUACAUUCCAAUGAUGUAAUAGCCAUGCUUAUGCAUGUCUACAUUGUACUCUUUGUACCAAUUGGUCUAAUAGCUGGGAUCAUUAUUUUAGGCAUCUUAAUCAAGAACUGCAUGCACCGUGCCUUGAAGAAAUUGGACAUCGUGAUUUUUGCUCAUACCAUCAGCAAUAUUGUGCUGAUUUUGCUGUCAUUCACUGUCACCACAAGGCCGGGCUAUCUCAAAGUAUCCUACUUCGAAUGUGGCAUCCUGUCUUUUUUUUUCAACCUGAGUUACUUCAGUUCUCAGUACCUUCGGGUGCUAAUGGUGGUGAGCUUUUCUUUCAGCAGGCACCCACCCCAGAAUGCUUUCAUCAGCAAGGCACAUCAAAACAUACGAGUAUGCAUUGGAUCGGUAUUGAUGUACGCCUUAUGUACUGCCCUGAUAGUAACAGCGAUGCUGGGCACAGUGAAUAACCAUGAAAAAACAGACUGCCAAUUAGAUCCUUUAUUUGCAUGGCCCGAGUAUGAGAUUAUAAAAUUUAGCCUUGGCUUCUGCAUUCCGUCUUUGGCCAAGCUUUUCUUCUUCAUUCUCUUGCUGGUUAAAAAAACCCGGACAGAAAUUGACCCCUCAAGACAAAGUUUUACGCCCUAUUUGACUGUUUUUGUUAUCAGCAUAACCAUGGUUAUAUGUCGCCUGUUUUACAACGUGAUGCUUGUCUACAGGGCCCUUUUGAAGUUAUACAGAAGAACAUUGACAAUUCAAACUGAGUUGACCACAAAUAUUGCAGAAAUCAUGCUGUUUAGUGAAAGCUGUCUCAGCUUAUUGAUCAUACUUUUCCUUCAUAAGCCAUGCAGGUCAGGCUUAUUGCAUAUUGUAAAUAAACUUACAAAAGUCUGCAGGAGACGCGAUGGCAACAAUACCUUUGAAAUACGUGAAUUUCACACUGAAGUUUCAUCUGUGCCUUCGGAAAAUGAAUCGCACUUGAAUUUGGACUAACAAAAUAGCAGUAUUUAAAAAUAGCUAAACAUCUGCUUAAAAGAGGUACCUGAAUGUAUAAAAGGCUUCCUGCCUUAUUUACUCCAGAUGCUGGCUACUUAAGAAGAGGUGUUCUUAGGUGCAAAAAGACAGCUGCGAUUAAAAUAACUGCAGGCUUUGCAAGCGUUGUCAUUACAUGUUGAUCCUUUGCUUUUGUGGGUGAUGUCCAGGCAGCAGAGUGGAGAACAGUGUGGAUCACUUGAUAAAGAGCUUUAAUGAAGAGAAAUGUUGUCUACUUUUUAUUUCUGUCAUGGACUUAUUUUUAUUUU